AUGAUGCGCCAAACAACAGUUGGUCUUAAUAACAGCCACCGAUGGCAUGGUAUGCACUCGCGGGUGUUGGACGAAUUACUCUCGAAAUAAAUUGUUCAUUGACCUCAGAACUUGUUUACUGACCGUAAGUCACCCGGUAAAGUGCGGUCUCGAGCUGCUGGCUUACUACAGUCCGUGGUCUAAGUGGCUUACCAUCUCAUAACAGAAAGGAACAGUUAAAAAACAACCAGCUAAAAGGAUAUUUUUACACUCUCUCAACAGUUGGCAAAUUCUGUACUCCACGUGCGUGGUUCGAACUUGAUUAGAGAGUCGCCGACAUGUGGAACUCACUCUUGGCGCUCGUUGCUUUCCUGAGCGUCUGCGUUCCAGGGGAUGCGUGGCGCGUGACCCUCCACGCGGAUCCCAACUUCAAAGGUCACGCAGCCGAGGUGACCUCCGAGGGCUGCUCCAACAUCCCUGGGGACAUCAACGACCUCUCAUCGUCCAUCAGCGUCCACGGCAACUGCGUCCAGGUCUACGAGCACGGACUCUGCCAGGGCGAGAUGCGCGAACUCUUCCCAGGGAGCGCCGGCCACCACGACCUCAACAUCCUCAACUUCGAUAACACGCUCAGCUCUAUCGGUCCCUGUCCCAAGGGCUUCAAGGUCGAUGGACUCCUGUCCCUGGUGCAUUCAGGCGCCAUUUGAACACACAACAUCCAUUAGUGGAUCCAGCAGAUUGGCAGCAUUGUCUUUUUUCCAUUUGAACCUAUGGAAAUAUAUCGAUACUUGGAGGCGCCAGGGGAUCCAACAAUAAUCCGAUUAUUUAGCAUAGGUUUAACUUUAAAUGGAGGCAACCCGGUGUUGCCAAAUUGAUGGACCCGCCUCUGCUUCAUCGUAAAGUUGUAUUGGGAGAGAAAAUUGUCGCCCUCGCCUCACAUACACAAGUAGCAGUGAUCGCGAUAAAUUGCAAUUUGAUCGGCGAAUUAAUCGCAAUUUUAUCGACGUCAAUUUAUUGCAAUAUUACAGGAUAAAAGUUUUAGAUAAACUGCGAUUUUAUCAAUCGAUUUUAUCAAUUUGCGAUAUAAUCGCGAUUAUAUCAACGGUGAUCCAUCGCGAUAUUAUCGAACAAAAAAUCGUCAUACAUUGAGAUAAAAUUUUGAUUCAGUCGAACAUAAUAUUAUUGAGAGAGAAUUGCGACAAGAUCGAAAAUGAUCGCUCAGAUGUUGAUGAGCCUGGCGAUUUUAACACAAAAAAAUCGCAAAAAAAAUCGCAACCAAAAAUGUAAAAAUAUCGCGACUUUCCCGUUGAAUAAUGCUACUUGGGUCCUGACAUAAGGGCUUAACUAUAGCCCCUGCAAUGAACCUUGUGAUUCAUAAAAUUCGACGAUUUUCCGGGCUCAUGUCAGUGUUUAGUCGCGCGCUUUUGUUGGCCAGUGGGAAGCAUCUCUGACUGAUUUAGCUUCUUCAUACGACGUUACACUAAUUUAAGCAAAGUGUCUUUUUUCAGUGUAAAAUAUUACAGCUUCAAAAUGUAUGCAGCUCUUCUCGAGCUUUUACUACAAGCUUCAAACCGCCAUUGUUCUCGUUUAGUUUUAUCUUUUUUAUUUUUCAUAUCUUUUUGGUUUUUUCCGUUCCAUAUAGUGUGUGUUCACUGCUCUCCACUUUGAUGUCAAUAAUUUAAUUUAGAGUUUUUGUGAACUAAGGUCCCAUUGUUUGGCGACAGUCACAAUUCAAUGCGUAAAAAUUAUAAAUUCAGCCAUGUAAUAAAGCCUCUGUGGAUGUUAUUAACUUGAAAUUGUAAAAUUUAGAAGCAAAUAAAACAAGUCUUCCAGCCAUGAA